UCAUUAGCCUUUGAAAAAAAGGAGGUUGAAACCUGGAGGAGAGGAGAGAGAAAUGAACAAGAUGUUUUCAGUGGAGGAUAUCGCGGCCCACUUUUGGUCACCAUCCGACGACGACGAUGAAUCAUCGUCUUCAUCAUCCAUCAACAACAAGCCAACGCCGCCAGUCAUCAACCGGAGCAUGUCCGAGUGGCACUUUCAAAGCUUCCUCCAACAAUCUUCAUCAAACGACGUCGUCGUCCAGAUCAAGGAUCACGAUCACUCAGUUGCAACCACUAACAUUACAACUGCUGCUGCUCCUGCUCCUGCUACGACAUCGUAUGCUGCCUCCGUUGAUUCGGAGGAGUAUCAGGCGUACCUUAAAAGUCGUCUUGAUCUUGCUUGUGCAGCUGUUGCGUUGACCAGGGCAUCUCCUGUAAAAAUUCAAGAUUCAGCUGCUGUACAGGACAAUGGAUCACAGGCCUCCUACACCUCACAGUUGAUUUCUUCUAAAGUGUCAGGUCUUGAUCCCAAGGGAGCAGGUAAAGAUGGUGGCGGGACUGUCGGAAUCCCUUCCUUGCCUGUUAUACAAAAGAACACAGCAAUUCCAGUGACAAGUGGAUCAUCACGAGACCUAUCAGAUGAUGACGAGCUUGAUGGAGAUACGGAAACAACUCAGAAUGCGGACCCUACAGAUGUAAAACGUGUUAGAAGAAUGAUAUCGAACAGAGAAUCUGCUAGACGUUCAAGAGGAAGAAAGCAGGCCCAUAUGACUGAACUUGAGACACAGGUUUCUCAAUUGAGGGUCGAAAAUUCUUCAUUAUUGAAGCGUCUUAGUGACAUAAGCCAAAAGAACACUGAAGCUGCUGUUGAUAAUAGAGUGCUGAAAGCCGAUGUUGAAACUAUGCGAGCAAAGGUGAAGAUGGCUGAAGAAAGUGUGAAAAGAGUUACCGGCUUUAACCCAAUGGUUCAACCCGUGUUCAAUUUAUCGACGAUGGAUCCCAUGCCUUUCUAUACUUGUAGCCCAUCUGAUGCAUCCACAGACACUGUUGUUCCUGUGCAAGAUGGCAUGAAACAACAACACUUCUACCAGGGCCAACCUUCUUCUGUCUCACGAGUGACUCAACACACCAUGGGGAAUCUCCCGCCAGUCGAGAAUGAUCAACAACCGAAUCCUAUGCAACAUGUUGGCUCGUCUCGUGGGACCACCCAACGCAGUGGAGACCGCUAGUAGUAGUACUUGGGAAUUAUAUUCUAAUUUAAAAGUGCUACAUCGACAAUAGCCAGUAUCUGUAUCGUUUUCAUGUGCAGUGGCUUGAUCAGGUAGCCUAAUUUGCAGGUCUAUUAAUACAAAUCAAAGUAUAUGGAUAUGAAAUAUGUGAUUUUCGUUUA